UAGAGCCCUUUAAUCCGGGACAGAUGCGCUAAGAGAGGGCGGAGGCAACCGGAGAGGGGCCUAGGCGGCCCCCACCCACCCACCGAGGCCACCCUACCCACGACCAUGUCCAUGCUGCCCACGUUUGGCUUCACCCAGGAGCAAGUGGCGUGCGUCUGCGAGGUGCUCCAGCAAGGCGGCAACAUCGAGCGCCUGGGCCGUUUCCUGUGGUCGCUGCCGGCCUGCGAGCACCUCCACAAGAACGAGAGCGUCCUCAAGGCCAAGGCCGUGGUGGCCUUCCACCGGGGCAACUUCCGCGAGCUCUACAAGAUCCUGGAGAGCCACCAAUUCUCGGCCCACAACCACCCCAAGCUGCAGCAGCUCUGGCUCAAGGCGCACUACAUCGAGGCCGAGAAGCUGCGCGGGAGGCCGCUGGGCGCCGUGGGCAAGUACCGCGUCCGCCGCAAGUUCCCGCUGCCCCGCUCCAUCUGGGACGGCGAGGAGACCAGCUACUGCUUCAAGGAGAAGAGCCGCAGCGUGCUCCGGGAAUGGUACGCCCACAAUCCCUACCCGUCGCCGCGGGAGAAGCGCGAGCUGGCCGAGGCCACCGGGCUCACCACCACCCAGGUCAGCAACUGGUUCAAGAACCGACGGCAGCGCGACCGGGCCGCCGAGGCCAAGGAAAGGGAAAACAACGAGAACUCCAGCUCCAACGGCCACAACCCGCUCUCCUCUUCCCUGAACGGCAACAAAGCGGUCUUGGGCAGCUCUGAAGACGAGAAGACGCCCUCGGGGACUCCGGAUCACUCUUCGUCCAGUCCGGCUUUAUUGCUGAAUUCGAACCCAGGCUUACAGCCGCUCCACAGCUUGGGCCACCCGCAGGGUCCUAGCGCCAUCCCGGUGCCCAGCGCGGACCCUCUGCACCACCACAGUUUGCAAGACUCCCUCCUCAACUCCAUGUCCUCCAACCUGGUCGACCUCGGCUCCUAAAAACCCAUUCACACAGAGACGAACUCCACCCGCUUGUGGCAUCCGCGACGGUCUCUAAACCAGGGUUCCCGCUCAGCUGUCUCCUUUAACAAAAAGCAUUUGAAAAAAAUCAAAAGGGAUGGCAAACUCUUUUUCAUACAGGCUUCUUGUCUCGCUUUGGAUCAGUAGCUGUCUGGCAGGAGAGGGACUCAUUGGGAAGUUAGAAGUAAAUUCCGGGCUUUGAUUUGGGGGAGGAAGGGUUUGGCAGAGAAAUAAGUGACUCCUCUUUAGGAGUUUUGUUUUAAAGACAAGCAGUGACUCAAGAGGACAGUGCAGAAACUAAUAAGGAAGGAAGAGAACUAGCAGGUUAGAGUUCACUAGCCUUCUGGUACCUGGUUGGAUCCAGGCUUUGAGUGAUCACUUUAUUAACCGGCCUGUGUGCUUCAACCUGAUGUGCCGGAAACAACACAUGAAGCUUUUCCAGAAAUAAAAGUGGGAGGAGACUAAGGUCCCUUUCAUAUUACACAGUUAUAGCACUAUGAUUCCUCUUUGACUGCCAUGGCCGAGGCGUGUAGCUUGGUGAGGCACUAGAACUUUCUGAAGGAGAAUGUUGUGUGCCUUCAAGUUUCCAACUUAUGGCAACCCUAAGACGAAGCUAUCUGGAGGUUUCUUGGCAGGAUUUGUGCAGAGGGCAUUGCCUUUGCCGUCCACUGGGGCUGAGAGGGUGUGACUUGCCCGAGGUCACACAAUCGGUUUCUAUAUGUUGAGGACUCUGAGCUGUUAGGCUCAAAAAUAACCCUCAGUUGGGGCAAUUCCACCAAAAUACAGCAGAGUACCAGGAGUAAACUCCAUAACCAGCAGACACUUAUGUGUGCUGUGAAGGAAAAGCUUCUUAAUCCUUAGGAUGGUUUAGGAUUGCAGAAUCAGAACUUUGGCUCAAAAAUAUUUAUUGCAGUAAAAAGAAAUACAUUCUUGAUAGAAAAGUUUUGGAGUUAACUACUAGCUUACUAAGUCUCAUCUUCUAAAGAAGCUAAAAGGCAAAAAUAUCCAUGCAGCUACAUUUUGCCUAGAGCAGUGGUUCCCAACCUUUGGGCCUCCUGGUGUUUUGGACUUCAACUCCCAGAAAUCCCAGCCAGUUUACCAGCUGUUAGGAACUGUGGGAGCUGAAGUCCAAAACACCUGGAGGCCCAAGGUUGGGAACCACUGACCUAGAGAGAGGCAAAAUAUGUGUCCUCACUGCUUCUGCCAUGGAAAACCACUGAGUGACCUUAGGCAAGCCACACUCUCUCAGUCUUAGAGGAGGGCAAAUAAAUCUUGCCAAGAAAAUCCCAUGAUAGGUUUGCCAUAAGGUGGAAACAGUUGAAGGCACACAAUACCUCCCAGAGUCUUAGUCCAACAGUCAAACCACUACUUUGGUUCUCUGUGUUUUUCUUACACAUCAGCAAAUACCAGGGUUUUGGGAAAAUGUCUCUUGCCCAUCCUGGGGGUGUUUUUGGCAGGUUUAACUCAUGCUGUGGUUCCUAGUGGGAGAAAAGUGGCCUCCAGAUCUGCCAAGGAAUCUCCUGUCAUAGAAUUAUCAUGGUUAGAAUUCAGAAAUCUGAUUCAAAGUCCAUGGCCCUUCCUGGUGACAGUGAAUUUCAUACAUCUAUUCAUCCUUGCUCAUUCUGAUACAUUAAUCUUGCCACAAAUGUUGGACAACAACAUCCAUGAUUCCCAGCUAGCAGGCAAUAAGCUGGGGUUGACAGGCUAAGCCCUCCAGAGAGCACCAGGUUCAUGUAAAGAUGUAAAGGUAUGCAGACUUGUUGUUACCUUUUUGGACUACAGUGCCAGGAUUCCCUAGUCAGACAUAACCAUUGGGGAUUCUGAAGAGGUAAUCCAAAAGGUCACUUUUCCAAGCCUUUUGGGACAACAAUACCUGGAUCAGAAGCACGGUUUACUGCCAAAGCUGGUAAAUCCACUCAUUCCUGUGUGUGACUGUAAAUCUGUGUUUGGGAAUAGGAAUCAGAUGAAAUUAUUGAUCUGGGGACAGACUGCUUUCAUUUGCAAUCUGUAUUAAUUUUUUCAAAAAGAACCACACAAAGCAACUUUAUGUAGGUUGUGAAUGCCAGAAAAAUAAGGGCAAAACAUUACAUGAUAGGUAGGGAGCAGAAAGCUGGGCUGGAAAGGGAAGAGACCACUUCCAUCUCCCAAAAGCAGCUGUCAUACCUGUCUUUUACAGAAAAGCAAGCUGCAUUCAAGCUUAUCAAGAGCUGCUGGGAUCAGACAUGCCCCUAGUCCUCAUGAAUCUCCAUUGCUAUGCAAAACAAAAAGAAAGAAGAAAAAUGGGAAAGGAAGGGAGAAAGAGUUUAUGUUGCCUUCACCUUGUUGAUUUUUUUUUGUAUUGUUGCUAUUUUUAAGUGGGGACAGCAAACAAAACAAAUCCUGCGAUUUAUAUGUCACUUAAGUCAGAGUUUGCCUUCUACAGAUUGGGUCACCGGAGGCUCAAGUAUCGGCAGUUGAAGCUGGGACAUUUGGGUUGAGGUCAUCGACUCUGCGGGCUUCCUUCUGCCUCAGUUCCCUCAUCAGUAAAAUGGGAAUAAGGGAGAACUACCUCACAGGGCUGUUUGUGAGGAUAAAGACUGUACAGCAUUUUGCACAUUUAACAUUGAGAUAGCCUAUAUCACUCAUUAUUAUUCAUAAUACUUGUGAAGUCUAUGGGGCCAGUCCCCUGCCACAACACUAUACUUAAGUGGCUUCCAGGUUGUAUUCUUUUGCUCCAUGUCUGAACGGCGGGGAACUCUUGACCCCCACCCAAACCAUACAGGGCCAUGAGUAGUCUUUAUAUCUCUAUCUAUCUCUAUCUAUGUAUCUAUAUAUCAUAAGCCGUUGCUGCUCAUUGAAACCCAAGGAAAAUUACCAAGCGCCAGCAAAUCCCUCCCCAAUCUGGAAUUUUGUGUAUUGUUUAUAUAUUAUGUGAAUACGGUCUUUGGAAAAAUAUUUCUGCUUCUAUUUUAUAAUAAAACCAAGAAAUCCAGCCUA